UUUCCGCUCCGCUCGAUGGUGACAGUUCAACUAACCCGAAGUCAAGGAGCCCUUCGCCGAGAAGCCGGCGUGCGAAAGUAAAGCUAUUUGGAGGUUAUGGAUGAUAAGCCCGAACCUGGACCCCUAAGUGAGAGUUCAGAACUUCUCUUCUCCUUUGGAGUUAUAGCCGAUAUUCAAUAUGCUGAUUUAGAAGAUGGCUAUAAUUUCCAAGGAAACAGACGGAGAUACUACAGACACAGUCUUCUUCACUUACAGGGGGCUAUUGAACACUGGAAUAAAGAAAGCAGCACACCCUGUUGUGUCCUUCAGCUUGGAGACGUCAUUGAUGGAUAUAAUGCACAGUACCGAGCAUCGGAAAAGGCGCUAGAACGUGUCAUGACCACGUUCCAAAUGCUGAAAGUCCCAGUUCACCACACAUGGGGGAAUCAUGAGUUCUACAACUUCAGCAGAGAUUACUUAACACACUCCAAACUGAACAGCAAGUUCCUGCAAGACCAGAUAGCUCAUCAUCCUGAGACCGUGCCUUCAGAGAAUUAUUACGCUUACCAUUUUGUACCAUUCCCCAAAUUCCGGUUCAUUUUACUCGAUGCUUAUGACAUGAGUGUCCUGGGCGUGGAUCAGUCUUCUCCAAAAUACCAGCAGUGUCUGAAGAUGCUGAAGGAGCACAACCCAAAUGCGGAAUUGAAUAGUCCUCAAGGACUUUCUGAGCCCCAGUUUGUCCAGUUUAAUGGAGGAUUCAGCCAAGAACAGCUGAACUGGUUGAAUGAAGUUCUUACAUUCUCUGACAAAAACCAAGAAAAGGUGGUGAUUGUGAGCCAUCUUCCCAUUUUCCCCGAGGCCUUGAACAGUGUGUGCCUGGCCUGGAAUUACAGAGACGCCCUGGCCGUCAUUUGGUCUCACAAGUGUGUGGUGUGUUUCUUCGCCGGUCACACUCAUGAUGGUGGCUACUCUGAGGAUCCUUUUGGUGUUCACCACGUCAACCUAGAAGGGGUUAUCGAAACGGCUCCCAGCAGCCAGGCUUUUGGCACAGUCCAUGUCUAUCCUGACAGAAUGGUGCUGAGAGGGGAGGGCAGAGUCCCGGACAGAAUUAUGAAUUACAAGAAGGAAAAUGCCUUCCAUCCUUAGUCCGAUUGUAUUUUGUUUACUUUUAUAGAAAGGUAGUGACGUAGCUUUGUGGUUUUGUUAUGCCCCCGCCCCCCCGAUACUCAAUCUCAUUGUUUAGUAUCCUGUUUGCAACAAAUAGCAGUAACCGGCUUCAGUGUGUGUUAGCUCAGAAGAUACUCUGAAAUGUCAUUUUUGGAUAAUAUAUCCCAUGCUGAAAUUGGAAAGAAAAUGAAUGAAAGUAGCAAACUGAGGUGGGAGAUAAUAGUCCCUUGAAACAGACUCUAUUUGGCCUUACCUAAGACUUUUUUUUUCUUUUCUUUUUUCUUUUUUUUUUACUUUUUAUAAGAAGAAUGUAUUCAUUCACUACAUUAGCUAUGUAACAUAAAAUUUAUAAUAAAAAAUCCAUAAAAUAAGCUCAGGUAAACCUUUUCUGUUUACCCAGCUGUGUGAAUGAGCUUUGGACAUUUUUUGCUCAGAGUACCCAUCGUAUUUUUAUUUUUACAAGUUUAAAUUCUUGUUUUGUAAAAAAAAAAAGAAAAAAAAAUCACUAGUUACUUCACAUGUGAAUGAAUGGCGCCCGCAUUCACACAGGUGAACGUGUGGUCUCCCAUGCUGACCUCUUAGCAUUCCAGCCAAAGCAGAACCCAGUGCCGCUGCAGCUGUAUGCCGGCCAGCUUCCCGUCUGGGCCCCCAGCGGGUGCUGUGUGGCCCUGGACUAGGUGAACAAGUUUAGCCUUGACCCCCUUUAUAGACAAAUGGAACAUGUCUUGUUGUGUUGUCAUAUAUUCGAAGGCUUAUUUGCAGAAACACCUGAUGGCAAAUGGGGACUGUUUAGGUGGUAAAAAAAAAAAAAAAAAAGAAAGAAAGAAAAAAGCGUGAUUCAGGAAGACAAAAAACCAAUACUAGUUGACAUAAGUGUGCCUGCUGAGUGCCGAGGCACUUUGGGGGUAAGAGGUGUGUUAGUUUCCACUGACUGCUGUAACAUAUUACCACACCUUGGUGUGUUCUCCUGCAGUUUUGGAGCGCAGAAGUCUGCGGUCGUUUGCGCCGGGCUGAGAUCAGGUGUUGUGGGGCCAUGCCUUCUCAGCAGGCGCCAGGGGAGACUGUCUCUUUGUCUUUUCCAGCUUCUAGAGCUGCAUCUCUUGCAUUCCUUGGCUCAUGGCCCCUUCCUCCAUCUGCACAGCCAGCAAGGGAGCAUUGUCUAAUCUCUUGCUGCUUCGUUGCCACAUCCCUUUCUCUUCUUCUGUCUAGGAAGCCGUAUUUCCCUGCCUUCCUGAUAAUAUGUGUGAUUACACGGAGGGCCCAUCCAGAUAAGCCAGGAUCAUCUCCCCGUCUCAAGAUCCUUCAUCACAUCUGGGCAGUCCGUUUUGUGCUGUGAGGUCACAGUCAUAGGCUCCAGGGAGUAGGAUUGGGUACCUACUGCAGAGAUGACUAUAAUCCCCUCCCUGUGUUCACUGCCUUUCCAUGAGUUAAGAGAGAUCCACAACCCUGGACACAAAUGUGGGAAGAGAGAACUGUGGGAACAUGGAGGGGGAAUCUGGUUUUGUUUGGAGGGGAGAGGGAUGCCCUGAAGAAGGAAGCAAAGUGGUCUAAAGAGGCGCGGAGGUGCGUUUCAAGGAGAAUAGCAGAGCACCACGGGAUAUGCUGCGUUUGGGAGUUACCAGCAUUGCUAUGAGGAUUCACCAAAAUGGUGCUGGUGGUGGCAAGAAAUAAAGCAGGAAAAGGACAGGCUAGGGCUACGUGGUGCAGAGUCCUGAAGGACGAGCCCAGAGUUAGAGCAUAACUUGUCAGGCAGUGAGGAACCCUUGGUUUCUGAGCCAGGGAGUAUGUGAUGAAAUUAUGUUUCAUGCAGGCAGUGGAUACUGAGAGGCUGAGGCAGGAGAGUGACUGGGAAGAGAAAAGAUUGUAGGGGUGGGAAGACAGGGUUUGACUCAAGAUAGAACCAUUAAACUUAGGAAUAAUACUUCCAUUCAACUGAAAAGUAGAGUUUAAAAGCAAUUUCAGUAAUACUCUCUUCAAGUUAGUGCCUUCUGUGUGGUUAUGGAGAUACAAAAGGAACUGUAUAGUCGGAGAAUAUGUAGAGUGAUGUGGUAGAUGCAGACAUGAUGAAAGUUUAUCUUGAACAUUAUUUUUUAUUUUUAAUUAGAACAUCAGAGGCUUUUAAGCACAGAGUCAAACAUUAAUUGGAGAAUGGGUAGGCCCUUCUGCAGAAUUUGCAAGUAAGACUGUUUCUUUAUGUCUGACUGAUAGUUACACCAAAGGAGGAAGAAAAACCAUAAACGUGCAAGGUUAAUAUACACCAGAACACUGAAAUCCUUUAUAUGUACUUCGUUGACCCCUAAAAUACAUUUCACUUUAACAUCAACUAGAUUUUUUUUCCCUUUACCCUCAUCGAAAUCUUGAUAGAGAAUUUCUGAUUCUUCUGUGGCUACUGUUUAGAACAAAAAACAUGCAUACCUCAUUUAACAAAUAUUUAUAGACUAUUUAAUGUCAUAUUAAAGGCAAUAAAAAAUGAAGAGACAAGCUCCCAGACUGAUUUUCACUUUCUUGAUGUAUGGUUGGCACUAAUACUUUUGGAGUCAAAUAUUUCCUAAAUCUCAUGAGAUGCUAUCGACUGUGGAGCCGGAUGCUGGCAUGUGAAAGAGUUGCCAUCCAGAUGCUCUAAAACAGCACCGCACAACAGGACUAUAACUUGAGCCACGUUAGUAAUUUGAAAUAUUUUAGCAGUCGCAUUUAGAAAAGUAAAUAGAAGCUGUAAAAUUCAUUUUAAUAAUAUAUUUUAGGUACCCCAAUACAUCUAACAUUAUUUCUACAUGUAAUCAAUACAAAAAUAGUUUACCUUCUUUUUAUACCAACUCUUUAAAAUCUGGUGUGUAUUUUAAACUUAUCAUCCAUUUACUUGGUCACUAGAUUUUCAUUGGCAACACUUGGUCUGUGUUCAGAUAUAAAAUUUGCAGUUGAAGUGGAUGCACACAGGCAAGUUGUUCCAAACAGACUUCCAACAAGUGUUCCAAACACACACGUUUUCUGGUUCACUCCACAGUGUAGCCACAAAGAUGGUCUUCUCGCCAGAGUAAUUUCUGGCUUUCAUUAAAAAAAUAGGCGUAUAGAUUUUAGUCUUAUUUUUCAUUUAUCAUGUACUUCAUAUUCCCUAUUUCUUUCUUUCUUAGUCCCAGAUUCCUUUUUUCUGGCUAACUUGGGUUUCUUUCCAAGACAUGCUUGUUCACUUGGUUCACCUGGAGUCCUCAUUUAAUUCACGGCACUGUACCAGUGCCGUAUAAUGCACAGUCCUCUUUUGAACGCCUGUUUGUAUCCUUAUAUACCCCUGCUUCCCUCUGGGUUAUUCCGUGCAGCACCUCGUAUUUUCAGAGUGCUCUCAUCUAGUUUCAUCCUUGCAGCUGUAGAAGUCGGAGGUCUGGUAUUAAUCCUGUUUUAUAAGGAAUUACCCACAAGAGGUUUAUGUAUUUGCCAGAGUCACAUGGACAGUGAUAAAGCUAAGUCAGCAUUCUGUUUCUUAACAUUUGUUCUGCCUUUUCUACUACACUAUGACACCCCAGAAUGUCAGACACAUGUCUCUUCCUAGACCCAUCCAGUCCUAUGUUGUAGGCAGCCUUAAAAAGUUCUUAGGAUUUUUCUUUUUCAAUCAUCUCUAGUAUUAAUUGAAAUCACCUCAAAUAAACCCCUAAGAAACUGGCUUAUUACAACCGUGCUUAUAAGAAAGUUGCAAACCCUUAUUUUAAGAACAGGACUCUUCACGUCAUUUAAAUGACUGUCUUGCAGUGAGCUGGCCAGGAGGACCGCAUCUCCUUGUUGACGUAUAUGUAGACCCAUGAGAUAAAUGGGAAAAGAGCAACUGCGAUGGCAAUGGCCAAGCGAAUUCUUCCACCAGCUGGACUCCUGUUAAGACAUGCAAACGUUAUUAUAAGUAAAAAUCCAAUGAAAUUAUGAAUUUCCUUGUAACAAAUAAGAUCGAAUUUGGUAAAAUAGAUCAUUCCAUUUUUGUACGGUC